UGUAAAGCCAACGUUGCAAACUCCGUCUGCUUCUCUCCCGCUAGAAGUAAAGCCUCUUCGCCUUUCCCAAUUCAUUUUCCGCUCUUCAAUUUCCCCAACUUGGCACCUCUCAUUCUUGCUCGACGUAUUCAAGGCUAGGGUUCCAGUCGUCCGCCGAUUCUCCAUGCUAUUCUCACUAUAGAAAUCUCAAGCAUCUCACCUUUGCAGCUCACCUCCUCCACCCCACGGAAUUGGAUGAAGCUCCCCGAGCCUAUCGCUGCAUCAGUUCAGCCGAUCGUCUCUUGCUACUGUCAGACGGUCUCCGUUUACCCGGAAUCGACAUCAGACUCCGUUCAUCGGGAAACAUCGCUGCUCAUCCGGAACCCCUGUCGCUCAUCCGGAACUACCACAGCUCGUCGCCCGUCCGGCUUUGGUGCUUCACUUUCCAGUUCGGUUGGAGGAGAGGGCUGGUCAGACACCUCCAACUUCCAAAUCAAUUUCUAUUUCAUCAAAAUUAUGAUCCAACCCAAGCGUUUGAGGUUGUGAGAAGACGGUCUGCUGGAUAUUCUGUAUAACAAGAUUUGUGACAUAUUAUAAUGAGAAGCCCAGGUGCCGCUUCUCAUGGGCCAUCUUCGUCACUCAGCUAUGAGGUUAUGUUGGUCAGGCUACUUAGAAGUGCUCCUUGGUAUCGAUUUAGCUGAAACCAUUCUUAAUGUUAACAACAACAAACUAACACUAAGGAGUGAAGAGCAAGGCCAUUGUUUGUAAAACAGUUGAGGGAAGCCCUGUAAUGAAAUAUGGAUAUGCAUUGGGAUUAUCUUGUGGGGUUCAGAAACAUCAUCAAAUGGAACGGAGAGGUUUAAAAGAACUGGACAAGUCCUCGUGUGUUCUCACUUCGCCAACUUAAGAUCUGGAUUGUUGGCUUUGGAGGCAGCGUUGAUCCAAGUGUGGACUUGUUUCAGUGUGUGUACUUCUACCUUGCCCCCAAAGUUUUGCCAAGUUAAUCUUUUUGCUGGCUUGGCAGAUUUCUAAGAGAUACAGUUGGGGCCGUAAGCUAUUGUUAGUUAUCACACUUUCUUUUCCUCAGGAGCUACACUAACAUGGUCGAGGAGAAUGAGGACUGCUUUGGAUGUUGCCAGAGGGCUUGCUUUUCUUUAUGGAGCAGAUAGGCCUAUCAUCUAUAGGGAUUUCAAAACAUCAAACAUUCUAUUGGAUACGGAAUUCAAUGCGAAGUUUUCUGACUUCAAACUUGCAAAAGAUGGGCUCAUGGGAGAUAAAACUCAUGUAUCAACUCGAGUUAUGGGUAAUUAGGGUUAUGCAGAUCCUGAGUAUGUCAUGUCUGAUAAUUUGCCAAAUAAGGAAAGUAUUGAAGUGUGAAGUUAAUUUUGGGACAUCCAUUUAAGGAAAGUGGGAAGUUGUUUUCGGGACGGAGGGAGUACUUUUCUAUUCGAUCUCUCAUUUUUUUAUACAUUUUUCAUUGUUACAUUUUCUUUAAAUAUUAUGUCAAACUCUGUUGCAGCAAACAUUACCAGACGAUGUGUAUUAUGAAACACUUCUUCAUGUAUAAAUUUUUUGUCACAUUGGUAUCUUUACCAUCAUGGGCGUCGGGCGUAGUUGGAGGAGCAAAUUAGGCUCUGAUUCACUCCAAAUUCAUAUGUGAUUAAAUUAUUAGGUUAAAACACAAUGUAAUUUUUUUUGCAAAAACAAUCUUUGUGCCGCCCACUCUCAUAUGCCACCCUUUCUAUGCCAAUGUCUACCAUCAUUACGUCGAACUCAAAAGACAACUUCACAUUUAAUGAAGUCAAAAAUAUUGUCUAGAAUUGGCACAUUUUCCUUGUGCUUAUUCAUUUUAAUAUUUAGGGGUGGAAUGAAAUACCAUAACUUCAGUAUAUCGAACUUAUCAUAUUGAAGGUAUACUGACAUUUACUUAGCAUAUUGAAAAAUACCAAAAUUAUCCAAAAUUAAGGUAUACUGACAUUUUUGGUAUGAUAUUAGAAUUUAUUGUGAAAAUAAAAAGUAUACUGAUAUGUCGUCAUACCGAAAGUCAUACUCAAACAAUUCUUUUAAAAUUAUUAAAUAAUUUUAGUAUGUCGCUAAUAACACCAUUUUUGUAUUUCAUUAGUCUAUGAUAAAUGUUGUGUUGAGACACAUGCAUGAUAAUUUACCAAUAUUGUACAUUUACUGAACCGAAAUUUUAGUAUAUUGAAAUACAAUAUACCGAAAUUUCAAUAAGAUAACAGACAACAAUAUGCAAUUUUGAACACUGAAAGUUUUGAUACGGUAAAUGUAUGAGAUAAUAUAUUUGGUAUUCCGUACCGAACCACCCUUAUUACUACUCUGUCUCAAAUGUGCUCUUUUUAUGCACAUCGUGAAUGUUUUUGUUUUGACAUAUUUUAGUUCCAAAUCAUAUCAAAUUAAAUCGUUCUAAAGUUACAUAAAUCAAAUCAUAACAUUUCACUUUAAAUCAUUAUUAUUGUUAAUGUAUUAUAAAUUUAUAAGUAUUUUAAAAACAUUAUUAAAUUCCUUUCAUUUUAAAAUUUUCAAAAACUGAACUUUUUGAACGAUAAAAAAACUGAACUUUUUUAUUUUUUACUAAAUAAGAAAUGGAAAAAAUCAAUAUGAGGAUUGCGCAACAUAUGCUAUCUAUCUUGACAAUGUACCAAAAAGAGACAAGUGUCAUUUUUGUAAGGCAUUUGUGGGUUUUACAUGGAACAUGCAUUGUUUUUCCAUGUUUGCUAUUAAUUAAUAUAUUGCGUUCAUGUUCGUUUGUACUUAUCAUUUAUGUAUAAGACAAAGUAAAGAAUGUGAAAUUGAAAUACCAUAUCUUUUUUAUGAAUAAAAGAAUAUUACAUUAACUAUAUUUCUAAACUUUAUUAUUCCUAACUAAUUGAAAGAUGUAUUUUCAAGAGCAGUUAUCAUAAUAAGAAGUCGGGGGAGCGUGGGCUGGCACGCACUCGACCAAUACCAACGUUGGCUGUAUAAAUACAUUAAAACGCUCGAAUCCGGUCAAUAAUCGCUCGGGGCCAUAAAUGAUCGAACAAUCGGUUAGGACAGAGAAGGUGUUUCAGACAGAGAUAACGGACAUUUGUGAUUUCAGAGAGAGAGAGAGAGAGAGCCUGAGAAGAGGUUUGCUUGUUUUAUACAGAGGAAGUUGCACUGCGAAGAAAGGGAGGAAGAAGCCGUUUUCCGAUCUGGAAUGAGACUUGCCGGGAAAUGUAGUGCCGUUGAAGGCAGUAAUGAGGGUGAGAGUACUAGUGGUGGCUGCAGCGGUGACGCCGUCUGCGGAGGGGGAAGAGGAUUGGUGGCGGUAGUGGGGGUGAAAUUGGAUUCGGGGAGUAAGGAACUAUUGACUUGGGUCCUGGUUAAAAUUGCCCAGCCUGGAGAUAGCGUCAUUGCUCUGCAUAUCUUCAAUCCUGAUAGCGAUAAGUCGGAGAUGCUCGCACUGGUGAAGACUCUUGACUCAAUGAUGGCCGCUUAUGAAGGCUUCUGCAACUUAAAACAGGUUAAUCUUAAGCUCAAGGUGUGUAGAGGGUCGCCAGCUCGUAAGGUUCUGGCUAAUGAGGCAAUUGUCUACAAAGCACCAAUUUUGGUUGUUGGUACUUCAAGCACCCACCAUAGUAUUAGAUCAUCGGUUUCACUUGCAAAGUACUGUGCCAGGAAGGUUGGCAAGAGCAUCUCAGUUAUUGCUGUCAAUAAUGGUAAGGUUGUCUUUCAGAGAGUAGCUAUUACUUCUAUUGGACAGGGAUCACACAUGUUUGAUGUGCUUGAAUUGAGUUCGAAGAGUAAGACCUUGACUAAAAGUCCUUUGAGUUUCCCUCCAAGGGCAGAUCCAGAGGACAGUUCUUUCACACAGCUACCAUUGUCAAAUAGUGGCAAAGCGUGUACUUCUCUAGCCUUGGUACCUUAUAAGACAAUGGAUGUGCGAGACUCAAAUUCAGGAUCAGCAUUGCUCAGAAAAGUAUUUCAUCAGAACACAAAAUCUGGUAAGCGUGCUGCAAAAACGUCUUCUGAAUUGCAGUGGGUUAGAGAAAUACAAUGUGAACAAUCUCUCAGAGUUACCCACCUUGUGGAUGAUAAACAAAGUGUACAUGAUGAGGAGUAUCUUCCUUCAAACUCCAAUGUUGUAGAAGGUUCAAAUGAGAACACCAGCUUUCAAAUUCACAAGGAAGUAGAGUGCCUUUCCGAGAAGUAUUCACCAAUAUGCAGGCUGUUUGGUUAUCAGGAACUUCUGACAGCAACUUCUAAUUUUCUGAAUGAAAAUUUAAUUGGAAAAGGUGGCAGCAGCAAGGUAUACAAAGGGUGUCUUCCAGAUGGGAUGGAGUUCGCAGUGAAGAUUUUUAAGCCAUCAGAAGUUGUAGUAAAACAAUUUUGUUCAGAAAUAGAGAUUAUUACAGGCUUGCAUCACAAACACAUUAUUUCACUUCUUGGGUUUUGCAUUGAAGACAAUAACCUUAUGUUAGUUUAUGAUCUUUUAACCCGAGGAAGCCUUGAAGAUAAUCUCCAUGGUACUCAAAACAUCGGGAAGUCAUUUGGUUGGCGCGAGAGAUACAAGGUUGCAUUAGGGGUCGCUGAGGCAUUGGAACAUCUGCAUAAUUCAGCAUCAAUCAUUCACAGGGAUGUAAAAUCUUCAAACAUUCUUCUCUCAUAUGAUUUUGAACCAAAGCUAUCAGAUUUUGGGCUUGCAACAUUAGCUUCUGUUUCUUCAUGUGAUUUAGAUGGCACUGACAUUGCUGGUACAUUUGGCUACAUGGCUCCAGAAUAUUUUAUGCAUGGAAAAAUUAAUGAAAAGGUUGAUGUCUAUGCAUUCGGUGUGGUACUUCUUGAACUUUUAUCUGGUAGAAAGCCGAUUGACCAUACAAAUUCUAAAGGCCAGGAGAGUUUGGUUAUAUGGGCAAAGCAAAUACUGACGGACGGGAAAUCUACUGAUUUACUUGAUUUAAGCCUGAUUGAAACAUAUGAGCGUGAUGAGUUUGAGAGGAUGGUAUUAGCUGCCACCCUUAGUAUCAAACGGGCACCCAGACUCCGUCCUCCAAUUGACAUAGUUGUAAAGCUCCUUCAAGGCGAAGAAGAGGCCAUUGAUUGGGCAAGGCAACAGGUGAACGGAUCUGAGGAAGUAGAUGCAGAUGAUGAACAACAGCCCCCUCCAGCAAACAUACAAUCCUUUAUUAACCUUGCCUUGCAAAAUUUGGACAGUGAUUCUCUAUCAAGUUGUAGCUCUGAUCAUAACAUAUCAGUAGAGGAUUACUUGUGUGGUAGAUAUAGCCGUUCCUCAAGCUUCGAAUAAUUAUUCUUUGUCAUAGCAGACCUUCUCAUGGCUCCUGAAACAUGUCUACAUCUAUGGAGAAGAGAGGCAACUAACAAGCCACAUGAAAUUCCUUAUUGUAGCAUUUAUACUUGCAUAUUGUAGCAUUUAUACAGGAAGAUGUAGUAGUAAACAGUUUCACAUUAUGUUAAAAUAAAGCAAUCAAUAGCAACA